AUGACCCGCAAACAUCGCGUCAAGCGCGGCCUCCAGCCUCACAACCCAAAGGAAACCAGGAUCAAGACGCUUGUUAGCUAUUUGGAAGCUCGAAUCAAAGAGUGCAAACGUCGACCGUCGAUCUCGUCAUGUGCGUAUUCGGCUUACGACAAGGACUUUGAUGAUGAGUUUGAGGAUAACGAGUUUUCAGAUCUUGACUGGCUCCGAAACGCCUGCAGCGAGUUGUACCAGCUUCUCGUCGACGACAACUUCGGCCCAUACAUCGCCUUUUCCAGGUCAGAUCUUGCUCAAUGUCUUCAGCAGCGCCAAAUUCGCUUGCCCAAGUUGAGCAACCGAAAGACAUACGCCGGUGCUUUGCAGAAGGCAGACGCCGAACUUCGAUUCCGGUUUUUGGAUCUGCCCAAGGAUGUUCGUCUCAAGAUCUAUCAUUCAGGUUUGCUCAAGGACAUGGCCGAACACCAAUGUGCUUACCAUGGCGAGCGACAGAUGCGUCGAAAUAUGAUCAAGUCUCCGCUGUUGCAGACGUGUCGACAGAUUCACUUGGAGGCUACACCCAUCUUCUACCACAUCAAUCGUUCCCCGCUAGAAUGCAGCAAGACUCCAGACCUCGAAUGCGCGGCGAGGAACCAAACGCUGGCUAUCAAUACUUGA